GGCGAUUUCGGAGUCGGGAGUCUGGGCUGGGAUUUCGUAGGGAAAGCCCAGCGGUUGCAGCUGCGGCGGAUCCCUCGGCUCUGCCUGCUGCGCGCCCGGGCCGCCCAGGGCCGGCGAGCAGCUCCGCCAAGUCGUGGGGCGAGGGGGCGCGGAGCGCCCGCAGAGUGGUCGGGCUCAGCGCUGGGGCUGGGCUGGGAGAGGUGUGCCCGGGGAGCCUGGAUCCCGGCGCCCUUGCCCCUCGCGUGGAGCGGCCGGUGCACCCGGGAGUCAAGCUGACGCUCUGGAAAGAGAAAGCCAAUUGCAGCCUCCCCAAAGACGCUAAGUUACGCAGGCGAGCCGGUUCCCAGAGAGCGUUCUCGAGCGCGCGUAGAGCCGAGCCGCACCGCAGAGCCCUCCCGAGCCAGCCGGCUUCGAGCGGGGCGCCGUCCGAGAGGUAGCGGCCCCUGAGCUCGGGGUCUGGUCCGGAGUGCGCCCCGAUACAGAGAGGGGGCGUGCAAGGCUCCGCCGGCCCGCCUGCAGCCCGCGUCCGACUUAGGCGCCCCCUCCGUCCCACUCCGGGAGCGAUGCCCCCCGCCCCUCGCGCCCCCCGGGAACGACGCGAGCAUGGAGAAGUCGAGUAGCGAGGAUUCUUCGAUCCACCGGAGUCCAUCUUUGGAUAGCAAGGACUCGGACUUUGCCAAGCCGUCCACCUCGGGCCGCCCGUUCGGCCGCGGCUUCACGGCCGGCGCUUUCUACGGCACCGCGGGCUCCCGGGGCCAGAGCCGCGCCGAGGCCGGCGUUAAGACUGACAAGUACAAUGCACCCAAGGGCAGCAAGUACGUGGUGUUUUACCUGGACCUGUCCUUUGUUUUCCUCCUAGAAUUUAAGAAGUGCAACAUGGCCAGGGGCUGCCUCUGCUGCUUGAAGUACAUGAUGUUCCUCUUCAAUUUGAUAUUCUGGCUCUGUGGCUGUGGGCUGCUCGGAGUGGGCAUUUGGCUCUCCGUGUCCCAAGGCAACUUUGCCACCUUCUCCCCCAGCUUCCCCUCGCUGUCUGCAGCCAACCUAGUCAUCGCCAUAGGCACCAUUAUCAUGGUGACAGGCUUCCUCGGCUGCCUGGGGGCCAUCAAGGAGAACAAGUGCCUCCUCCUCAGUUUUUUCGUCGUCCUGUUGAUCAUCCUUCUAGCAGAGCUGAUCUUACUGAUCCUCUUCUUUGUCUACAUGGACAAGGUGAGUGAGAAUGCCAAGAAGGACCUGAAGGAGGGCCUGCUGCUGUACAACACGGAGAACAACGUGGGGCUGAAGAACGCCUGGAACAUCAUCCAGGCCGAGAUGCGUUGCUGUGGUGUCACCGACUACACAGACUGGUACCCGGUGCUGGGCGAGAACACGGUGCCCGACCGCUGCUGCAUGGAGAACUCCCAGGGCUGUGGGCGCAACAGCACCACCCCGCUGUGGAAGACGGGCUGCUAUGACAAGGUGAAGAUAUGGUUCGAUGACAACAAGCACGUGCUUGGCACGGUGGGGAUGUGCAUCCUUGUCAUGCAGAUCCUGGGCAUGGCCUUCUCCAUGACCCUCUGCCAGCACAUCCACAGGACCGGGAAGAAGUACGCCGCCUGAGGGGCCGGCGGGAGCGCCCAGCCCCGCCGCACACGGCCGGGAGGAAGAUUGGAGCUUUGUGUUGCCUGCCGCACUCGGACUGCUGACCCCGUCCCCACAGCCCGCCCGCCCGCGCCACUGUGGGUGGAGGGCCGGGGGAGGAGGCCCGCAGAGACCUUGGGGUGCUGGGGGCACCUGGAUUCCUGCAUCUGUGUAUUUGCCAAAGAAGACAGGGUGGGCCGGGGGCAUGCUCCAGGAGGCCCCCAGCACUGACGCAUUUCUGCCCCUGCCCUUCCUCACGCCGACCCUUAGUCCCCAUGUUGGGUGCAGGGCACAGCGCUCCCUCCUGGUGGAGAGACUGCCCAGCUGAGGUCGCUGGCAUCCACAGCCCCCGUGGGAGAGCGGGAGAGCUGGUGGGGGCGCCUGACCGCUCUAGGCCAGGCCCCCGGGAGCAUCUUGCCCAGGCUUUUUAUACCUUACAGUGUAACUUUUUUAUUUUAUUUUACUCUGAUUACGAUUAUUCAGGAAUAUUAUCUCAGCUAAGUUUAGGGUUAGCUUUCUGAUUUAUAACUUUGUACUGCAUUGGUUUGUGUAACGGUUUGAUUUUUCCUGAGGGUGGGGCGGGUAGGGAGAGUAGACGCUGUCCGGCUGCAGUCAGGACAAACCGCUGUGCACCAGCCAGGAGGCUCUGGGGGAGACGUGCCGGCCUUGGCUUGGACGCACUGAGGAGGGCCCGGCGUCCGGCACGGAACCUGGAAGAGGCGGCGGAGAGGGGAGCAGGAGGCAACGCAGGUGCACCUCAGGGAGCCACGCGUUUGCUCACGCUGGCCCCAGAGGCAGGGCAGAGCGGUCCUCUGGGGGCAGGUGCUUUGCCAGGAAUGCAGCAGCAGCUGUCAUGGGUCCUUGCACUUCACUGAGGAGCAGUGUUUCUUUUUUCCCUUCUUCCUUCCUCCUGCCCUCUGCUGGCACGGAGGCUUCCCCUUCCACCCCAGGCGGGCGUUCCCGCGACAGGUUCUGCAAAUCCAGAUACUUUCACAGACAUUCCUGCUAGAAACUCUCGGACAAAUACCUCUCUAGUUCAGAUGCUGCUCACUUUCUCACAUUGCUUCUGGAAGGGGAAGCAGUCCUUACAUUUUGCUGCUCAGACAGUGGCAGAGGACCCGUGACCGUCAGGAGGGGAAGGUGGAACGGUGCCCAUGAUCAUUCCAGCCAGAUUCCCUGAGGGGAAGAUGUCCAUCUGGGUCCCGGGACCCUCAUCUCCUUCCUUGGGGUUCACUGAUGCUGAGGUGGGUGGUGAUCACGUCCUCUGUGACCCCAAGGAGAAGUACAGAAACCGUAAGAGAGGUCAGACUGGGUCCUGCUACAGUGGCCCCAGGAAGAAGGCAGCCUGAGUCACGGCGUGGGAGAUGAACAGUGGGGUGGGUAUUCAACUACAGCAGGGUGACCCCACCAAAACUUAUGCUGGUCUAGUUGAACAUUCUGCAGUGAAAUAAAAGUCAAGAGUCCACGGGACUGAACUUGCCGAGGUUACCCACUAGUUGGCUAGGAUCCAGAGUGGGGCAGCUGCUUUCUCCUGCACCACUUGGCUUAUCACCUUGAUUUCCUCUGGGCCCACGUCUCCUCUCCAGCCUCCACCUGUCUGUCCAGGGGCACCCCAGCCAGCACAGCUCCUCCGCUCACCUAAGUACAGUGCAGUUGGGACCAGGAGUAGGGAACUUUUGGUGUGUUUAGGAUUCAUGAUUUUGGGGGAUGGGGAGUGGGAGUAGGGUGGUCUCAGCAAGUUGGACAGAGAAGACCACCUCCCUGAGAUGGGAGUGGUGGUGCUGCUGGGAAGGUCAGUCCUUGGGUAGGGCGAGGCAUGGGCAAGCACACGUGUGAGCAGAACUGCCUUCCUGGGCCGUCUGGCCCCAUCUUCCUGGUAAGGAGCUCUGGCUGCCUGCCCAGAGCCCCAAACUGCAGAGUGUGGAGCAGACGUGCCACCAUGCCACUGCAGAGAGGCCCUUGGCCAACAAGCAUUCGAGUGCACGGUGGGACCUGGUGCAAAAUGAGUGUGCGCUGUGUGUGGGGGUGGGUUGGUUUAUGCCUAUCAAUGCAAUUUUUAAUUUUUGUUAAAAUCAACAGCAAAGCCUAGCACCUUGGGGAGUGUACAGCCUCCCUGGCAAUCUGUUUCUGGCGCUUCAGGGGCAUCCUCUGGUCCUGGAGCCCUGGCCACAGGCUGCCCCCCUCCCUGGCUCGUCUAUCUGCAGAGCCUCGUUCACCGCUCCCAGAAAACGGCCUUCCUGCCUCACCCAGUGCUUGGCUCUUCCGUCAUUUGGCCAAGUCUACACUGGGCGGAAGGCUCCAUGAAUGGGGAUGUAGGGGGUGUGGGGAAUGUGGGGGUGCUCUUCCAAGCUCCUUGCCCACCCUGCAGAGCCAUCCCCACCCCACACAGAAGGCCGCGCCGUGUGAUGGCGGUGAUGGUGGCCCAGCAUCUGCUUAGUUUCUCCCGCCGGGUCCCACUGGGGCGGAUUAGCUGAAUUCCCUCCCCCGGCUUCGGUAGUUCAGUCGGCUCUGACUCAGAAGGUCACGGUCUGUGGACCACGUUGCAGAAUGCCUGCCGUGGACGCAGCAGCCAUCCUGCAGGGGAGGUGGGCGAGCAGGGGGAGUGCUGCCCCGGGGGGCCUGCAGCGGGCGUGGAGGGGUGUCUCACCUGCACCCCAGCCGGUGCGCUGACAGCCCCCCGCCAGCACCAGCCCACAUCUUGGGCUCGCUCUGGAAGUGCUGCUGCCCCCCCUGCCCCCCAUGCAUGUGUUCUGGUUUGACUUGGAACUGGCUGGCUGUCCCACCUUGCUUUGGUGGCCAAAGAGCAGUCCAGGUGGAUGCAAGUGACUGUCCCCGCCUCUCCCGCCCCCUGCCCACCCACUGGUGGAGGUGCUAGCUAGCAGGGACCUGGCACAGGACGGAGCUGGGGUCAGGUGCUUGGGCUCACUCUUUGUCGCUCGGCCCUUGGAGUCUGGCCUCUCCUGUUCCAUUUCCCGUCUCCAUCACGACGAGGCAGUCGUCCAGUGUGUGCCGGCCUCCCUGCCCUGGACGAGCCUCUGAGGGGCGGGCCUUGGGCCCUGCCUACCCCCUGCCCACCGGCACCGCAGGGACAGAGGGGAGUGGGGAACACACUUGUUGGUUUCAAUGCACUUUUCUGCUUGCGAUGCCCUGUCUGUGCGCUUCCUUCAUCCUGGUCCUGGCUUUAUUGAACGCCAUGUUUUUAGCAUGUUUUUAAAUAAAAACUGAUAAGUGUCAAAAGCA